AUGCGUCCUGAGGUCGAGCAGGAGCUCGCCCACACGCUCCUUGUCGAGCUUCUCGCAUAUCAAUUCGCCUCGCCUGUGAGAUGGAUUGAGACACAAGAUGUUAUCCUCGGCGAGAAGACCACCGAGCGCAUUGUCGAAAUCGGUCCCGCAGACACACUUGGUGUUAUGGCCAAGCGCACACUCGCCUCAAAGUACGAAGCCUACGAUGCUGCAAGAUCGGUGCAAAGACAGAUUCUCUGCUACAACAAGGACGCAAAGGACAUCUACUACGAUGUCGACCCCGUCGAAGAGGAGGAAGCCGCUCCGGCACCUGCUGCUGCAGCUCCUUCUGCUGGCUCUGCAGCACCCGCCGCUCCCGUCGCCGCAGCAGCUCCCCCACCACCAAGCGCUGGCCCGGCAGCAGCAGUUGCAGAUGCACCCGUCGGUGCUGUGGACAUUCUGAGAGCAUUGGUUGCUCAGAAGCUGAAGAAGGGCCUGAUGGAUAUUCCUCUUAGCAAAGCCAUCAAAGAUUUGGUUGGAGGUAAAUCAACGCUUCAGAACGAAAUUCUCGGAGACCUUGGNAAAGAGUUUGGCUCAACACCCGAGAAGCCAGAAGACACACCCCUUGACGAGCUGGGUGCCGCUAUGCAGGCUACUUUCAAUGGUCAGCUCGGCAAGCAGUCAUCCUCGCUCAUUGCCCGUCUCGUGUCCUCGAAGAUGCCUGGUGGUUUCAACAUUACUGCAGUCCGCAAGCACCUCGAAACCCGAUGGGGCCUCGGAGCCGGUCGCCAGGAUGGUGUUCUCUUGCUGGCACUGACUCAAGAACCUGCCGCCCGUCUGGGUUCUGAGAACGAUGCUAAGGCAUGGUUGGACACUGUCGCAAAUGCCUACGCUGGUAUUGCUGGAAUCAGCCUUGCUGCACCCACUGCUGGUGGUGACGCCGGUGCUGGUGCAGGAGGUAUGAUGAUGGACCCCGCCGCAAUUGACGCCCUCACAAAGGACCAGAAGGCUCUGUUCAAGCAACAACUCGAGCUGUUUGCUCGCUACCUCAAGAUGGACUUGCGCGCCGGCGACAAGGCCGCGGUCGCUGCUGCUUCAAACAACACCGCUCUCCAGGCUCAGCUCGACCUGUGGAAUGCCGAGCACGGUGACUUCUACGCUGCUGGUAUCGAGCCCUCAUUCAGCCCUCUCAAGGCCCGUGUUUACGAUUCGUCAUGGAACUGGGCUCGCCAGGAUGCUCUCAGCAUGUACUACGACAUCAUUUUCGGUCGCUUGACCGCUGUCGAUCGCGAGAUCGUCAGCCGCUGCAUUCAGAUCAUGAACCGCUCCAACCCCAAGCUUCUCGAAUUCAUGCAAUACCACAUCGACCACUGCCCUACUGAGCGCGGCGAGACCUACGAGCUUGCAAAGGCUCUGGGUCAGCAGCUUAUUGACAACUGCAAGGAUGUCCUCGACGUCGCCCCAGUCUACAAGGACGUUUCCGUUCCUACCGCUCCUAAGCUCACCAUCGACGCCCGUGGAAACAUGAACUACGAGGAAGCACCUAGACAAGCCGUUCGCAAGCUUGAACACUACGUUCGCGAGAUGGCUGAGGGUGGCAAGAUCUCCGAGUAUGGAAACAGAACCAAGGUCCAGAACGACCUCCAGCGCGUCUACAAGCUCAUUCGCCAGCAACACAAGCUCACCAAGUCAUCGCAAUUGCAAAUCAAGCAACUUUACAGCAACAUCAUCCGUUCGCUGUCGAUGAACGAGGGCCAAAUCAUGCCUACUGAGAGCGGCAAGAAGGGUCGUAAGGGUCGCACCAGCGGCCAGCUGAAGCCCGGCAGNGUUGAGACCAUCCCCUUCUUGCACUUGAAGCGCAAGGAAGAGCACGGUUGGGAGUACAGCAAGAAGCUUACUGGUGUCUACCUCGAGGGCCUCGAGGAGGCCGCCAAGUCAGGCGUCACUUUCCAGGGCAAGCACGCCCUUAUGACCGGUGCCGGCGCUGGUUCCAUCGGUGCAGAGGUCCUUCAGGGCCUGAUCAGCGGUGGUGCCAAGGUUGUCGUUACCACCAGCCGCUUCUCUCGCGAAGUCACCGAGUACUACCAAUCAAUGUACACUCGCUAUGGUGCUAAGGGCUCUCAGCUCAUUGUUGUACCUUUCAACCAAGGAAGUCAGCAAGAUGUCAACGCACUCGUUGACUACAUCUACGACGAGAAGAAGGGUCUCGGAUGGGAUCUCGACUACAUUGUUCCUUUCGCUGCCAUCCCCGAGAACGGUCGCGAAAUUGACAACAUUGACUCCAAGUCUGAGUUGGCUCACAGAAUCAUGUUGACCAACCUCCUCAGAAUGCUUGGUGGUGUCAAGUCUCAGAAGGCCGCUCGUGGCUUCGAGACUCGCCCUGCCCAGGUCAUCCUUCCUCUUUCCCCCAACCACGGUACUUUCGGUAACGAUGGUCUCUACUCCGAGUCCAAGCUUGCCCUUGAGACUCUGUUCAACAGAUGGCACUCUGAGAGCUGGGGUUCCUACCUCACCAUCUGCGGUGCAGUCAUCGGCUGGACCCGUGGUACUGGUCUUAUGGGCGGUAACAACAUUGUCGCUGAGGGUGUUGAGAAGACUGGCGCUCGUACCUUCUCUCAACAAGAGAUGGCCUUCAACCUGUUGGGUCUCAUGGGACCUGCUAUUGUCAACCUUUGCCAGGAAGAGCCUGUCUUCGCUGAUCUCAACGGUGGUCUGCAGUUCCUUCCCAACCUCAAGGACUUGAUGACCAAGCUCCGCAAGGACGUCACUGAGACCAGUGAGAUUCGCAAGGCUGUCACUCGUGAGACUUCAGUCGAGAACAAGAUCGUCCACGGCGAGAGUCACGAAGCUCUCUACAAGAAGGUCACUGUCCAGCCUCGUGCCAACUUGAAGUUCGACUUCCCUAAGGUUCCUGACUGGGAAUCUGAGGUCAAGCCACUCAACGAGAACUUGAAGGGCAUGGUCGACCUCGAGAAGGUUGUCGUCGUUACCGGUUUCUCCGAGGUUGGUCCCUGGGGUAACUCAAGAACUCGUUGGGAGAUGGAAGCCUAUGGCGAAUUCUCUCUCGAGGGUUGUGUUGAGAUGGCCUGGAUUAUGGGUCUCAUCAAGAACCACAACGGUCCUCUCAAGGGCAAGAGCUACGCUGGCUGGGUCGAUGCCAAGACUGGUGAACCCAUCGACGACAAGGAUGUCAAGUCCAAGUUCGAGAAGCACAUUCUUGACCACUCUGGUAUCCGUCUCAUCGAGCCCGAGCUCUUCAACGGCUACGAUCCCAACAAGAAGCAGCUUCUGCAGGAGAUUCAGAUCCAGGAGGACCUUGAUCCCUUCGAGACCUCCAAGGAGACUGCUGAGGAGUUCAGACGUCAACAUGGCGAGAAGGUCGAAAUCUUUGAGAUCCCCGAGUCUGGUGAAUACCAGGUCAGACUGAGAAAGGGCGCAACUCUUCUCAUUCCCAAGGCUCUCAGAUUCGAUCGUCUUGUUGCUGGUCAGAUCCCCACUGGUUGGGACGCCCGCAAGUACGGUGUUCCCGAGGACAUCAUCGGCCAGGUCGACCCCGUUACCCUCUACGUGCUUGUCUCUACUGCCGAGGCUCUCCUGUCCUCCGGUAUCACUGACCCUUACGAGUUCUACAAGUACGUCCACAUCUCGGAAGUCGGUAACUGUAUCGGUUCCGGUAUUGGUGGUACUACUGCCCUCCGUGGUAUGUACAAGGACCGCUUCUUGGACAAGCCUCUUCAGAAGGAUAUUCUCCAGGAGUCAUUCAUUAACACCAUGUCUGCCUGGGUCAAUAUGUUGUUGAUGUCUUCUACUGGUCCUAUCAAGACUCCUGUUGGUGCUUGUGCUACUGCUGUCGAGUCUAUCGAUAUUGGUUACGACACCAUUGUUGAGGGCAAGGCUAGAAUGUGCUUCGUUGGUGGUUUCGAUGACUUCCAGGAGGAGGGCUCUUACGAGUUCGCCAACAUGAAGGCUACCAGCAACGCCGAGGACGAGUUCGCUCACGGCCGUACUCCCAAGGAGAUGUCCAGACCUACUACCACCACCAGAAACGGCUUCAUGGAGUCUCAAGGUUGUGGUAUGCAAGUCAUCAUGGACGCCAGACUUGCCCUUGACAUGGGUGUCCCAAUCUACGGUGUUCUUGGUUUCACUGCUACUGCCACUGACAAGAUUGGUCGCUCCGUUCCUGCUCCUGGAAAGGGUGUCUUGACCACCGCUCGUGAGGAUACGCCCAAGUUUGCCUCGCCUCUGCUUGACAUCAAGUACCGUAAGAGACAGAUGGACGCCCGCAGAAGAAACAUCAAGACAUGGCAGGAGUCUGAGCUCAUGUACUUGCAAGAGGAGGUUGCCGCCAUGCAAGCCGAGAACUCUGAGUUCGACGCUGCUGAGUACAUGGAGGACAGAGCCAAGUUCAUUGAGCGUGAGGCCAAGCGUCAAGAGAAGGAUGCCCUGUACAGCCUCGGCAACAACUUCUGGAAGCAAGACCCUCGCAUUGCUCCUCUCCGUGGUGCACUCGCUACCUGGGGCCUGACCAUUGACGACCUCGAUGUCGCUUCGUUCCACGGUACCUCGACUGUGGCCAACGACAAGAACGAGUCCGAUGUCAUCUGCCAGCAGAUGGAGCACCUUGGUCGCAAGAAGGGUAACGCUCUCCUUGGUAUCUUCCAGAAGUACCUUACCGGUCACCCCAAGGGUGCCGCCGGUGCCUGGAUGUUCAACGGCUGUCUGCAGGUUCUCAACUCUGGUAUCGUCCCCGGUAACCGCAACGCCGACAACGUCGACAAGAUCAUGGAGAAGUUUGACUACAUUGUCUACCCCAGCAGAACCAUCCAGACCGAUGGCAUCAAGGCUUUCUCAGUCACCUCCUUCGGUUUCGGUCAGAAGGGAGCUCAGGCUAUUGGUAUCCACCCCAAGUACCUGUUCGCCACUCUCGACCAGGCUGAGUUCCAGUCUUACAAGACCAAGGUCGAGGCCAGACAAAAGAAGGCUUACCGCUACUUCCACGAUGGUCUCAUCAACAACACUAUGUUCCGUGCUAAGGACAAGUCUCCUUACGAGGACGAGCAGAUGAGCACCGUCUUCUUGAACCCCAGCGCUCGCGUUGCUCAGGACAAGAAGACUGCCCAGCUUACCUUCUCUGCCAAGCCCAGCAAGCCUGUUCGUGAUGCCAACACCACUCAGAUGGUCGAGUCAUUGCUUAAGGUCAACGCCACUGGUAAUAGCAGCCCCGGUGUGGACGUUGAGAGCGUUGAUGCCGUCAACAUUGAGAACGAGACCUUCCUCGAGCGCAACUUCACUCAGCAAGAGAUCGACUACUGCCGCAAGGCACCUNNUAACNNCCCUCAGGCCAGCUUCACUGGCAAGUGGUCCGCCAAGGAGGCUGUCUUCAAGAGCUUCAAGGUCGCCUCGCGCGGCGCCGGAGCUUCUCUCAAGGAUAUUGAGAUCGUGAACGACGAGAGCGGUGCUCCCACCGUUGUUCUUCACGGAGAUGCCAAGGCCGCUGCUGAGCAGAAGGGCAUUAAGAGCACCACUGUCAGCAUUAGCCACAGUGACGCUCAGGUCAUUGCUGUUGCCAUUUCUUCGCAAUAG